AACAGAAUGCACGUAAGUUUCUGGCCGUCGUAGAAACUUUGCACCCUCCAUCUCCAUGGAAGCAAAGCGUACGCUGCAGAGAGAAGAAAACCCAAAGACGAGGGGAGAGUGUUACUCCCAACGACGUCAAGCUAAAUAAGCAAAGUCGACCAAUCAUACAUGCCUGUCAUGUCCCCCAAGCCACUCCAAAGAAGGCGCCAUAAAUUGCAGCGGAUCACAUGGGGAGACCAGGCAGCUAAUGGUGGUGGGUAGCACGUAGAUUAUUAUUAGACACGGUCGAUCGAGUCAUCGAGCCAAGAAGACUCUUGUGCUGCGGAUAGCAAUGGACGGGACGAGGCGCGGGAGGCGGCUCCUCGUGUCGCUCUGCUUCCUCUGCCUGGCCGUGCUGCUCCCCGGCGCGCUGCUGGCGUCGCCGGCGGCCGGGAGGAAGCGGCGGCAGGCCGGGUUCGACCACUACGUGCUGGCCCUGCAGUGGCCCGGCACCGUCUGCCGCCAGACCAACCACUGCUGCAGCUCCAACGGCUGCUGCCGAUCAAACCCUCUCAACUGGUUCACGAUCCAUGGGCUGUGGCCGCAGUACAGCUACGGUGGGUGGCCGUCGUGCUGCAGGCCAACCACCACGUUCAACAUGAACAAGAUCGCGAUGCUGAGGCCGAUCCUGGAGAAGUACUGGCCGUCGCUCUACUGCGGCGACACCUCCACCUGCUUCGGCGGGAGAGGCCCCUUCUGGGCCCACGAGUGGGCGACUCAUGGAACGUGUGGCUACCCGGAGAUACAGGACGAGUACGACUACUUCUCCACGGCGCUCUACCUCUACAGCAAGUACAACGUCACGAAAGCUCUGCGGAAAGCGCAGAUCUACCCGCGGAACGGCCGCAAGUACGCGGUGGCGCACAUCGUGGACGCCAUUGACCACGCCUUCGGCCGGCUGCCGCACCUCGUCUGCAAGAACGGCUCCGUGCAGGAGCUCAGGCUCUGCUUCCACAAGGACUACCAGCCCCGGGAUUGCGGGUCGGAGGACGACGAGGCGUCGUCCUACAGCAGGAGAAGCCAUUGCCCUCGCUACGUCACCCUCCCAUCCUACAAACAGUCUGCGUCGGGGAACGCCACGGAGGGCCGCCUGCGGAACCCAGCGGAGAAUCAGCCGCGCGUACACGGGCAGAGCUACCUAUAACUGACCGUCACGGCCGGGCGCUGUCGGACUGCUCCAUCGAAGUGUGUCCUGAAGCCUGAGGAUGCACGCAAGGCCGAGGCGAUGCACGGUGCGACGGACGCCGCCGUCGAUCGGCCGGGAAACUCCCGGCCAGAGGCAGGGCAGUCGUCGGUUCAUGCCGCUGCGAUUGAUUAAUUCUUCUGCGCGUUCGCUUGCAGGGUGUGUGUAGGCUCUGUUCUGCACAAAGAAUUGACGUUGCAACCGUGUAUGUACAUGAUAUUGGGCAUCAAGGAAUAUUGUGGGUUAGGAUCAAGGUAUUGAACAUAUAAAGGAUAAGCUAGUGCGCCCAACUAGCGGCACCAGCCACGUCUCCUUUUAGGCCAACUCCACCGCACGAUCCUAAAUCUAUACCCAUUUUGUC